AUGCCUUCUUUGCAGGCCAGCAAUGGACUGUGGUACGAGAUGGACGAUUCGUCUGUGGUUCCCUGUGACUUCAACACAGUUCUCAGGCAGCAAGCCUAUUUACUGUUCUAUGUCAGGAACUCACAGGCUUGGCUGGAGCAGAAGAUGCAGGAGCUCAAGGAGACGGCGGCUCAGGUGUCUGCUGCCAGGGCGAACAUACUCCAGGCAGUGCGAGAGGUCCUCGGAGACCAUGGUGUCCAAGAGGAGAAGAAACAGGAAAUUCUGCAGCUGACUCAGGCGGCAAUUAAGAACGUGCUUGAAAACUACCUCCCGAUGCCUGACUGGGCUCUGGAAGCCAUAGGUGCCACCAUUGAGGAGGAGAGGACAUCCAAGAGUUAUGGUGGGCAAGGCAAGAAGAGCUGGUGGCUUUCUCCAUUCGGCUUCUCUUCUGCAAACCCUCCAGAGACGAUCUUGCAGCCCCGUAUGGCCCCUGGCAACUGCUGGGCUUUCCAGGGAUCUUGGGGCCACGUGGUCAUCCGGCUGCCUGAGCAGAUCUGGCCAAGGGCUUUCACCAUCUGGCAUAUCUCCGAGGCAGUCUCUCCUUCCGGAGAAGUCAGCAGCGCCCCCAAAGAGUUUGCCGUCUCCGGCGUGGAUGAGGCAGGGGCAGAAACUCUCCUGGGGACAUUCACCUACGAGGUGCACAAGGAGGUGGCUCAGACGUUCCACGUGCAGAAGGAGCUUCCCAGGACCUUUCGCUACAUCAAAUUCAAGGUGCAGAGCAACUGGGGAAACCCAGAGUACACCUGUGUGUACCGUGUACAGGUUCACGGGAAGACGGCGAGCCACCACGACCACCCACAGGCCCAAGAUUUCCUUUGA